CAUUUGACCAAGACACCUUUUCGAACAGCACAGCAAAAUUUACCAUAUAAAUUAUAGUUGUAAAUUUCUUGGUUUAGUUAGCGAAGGUUCUCCAUGUCUGCAACUUCAUAAACGGGAGACAAAGGAGUUUGAUACGGAAAUCAUCAACUGGCUCAAAAAGUACGCCGGCUGUGUAGCAGACGACGCCAUUUUUUCUAAUCGACAAUUAAUUAAUCGGCCGUAUCUGUGCAAUAAUAUAAAAGACAAUCACAAUGUCUGUUCCUCAGAGACGACAGGGUGGAGAGGAUUCUCUAUAUAGAAUCCCACCCUACUAUUACAUACAUGUAUUAGAUCAGAAUACAAAUGUUACCAGGUUAACUAUUGGACCACAGACUUAUAUCCGACAAGACAAUGAAAGAAUUGUUUAUGGACCUGAGAAAAUGUUGGUGGUGCCACCCAGACAUUAUUGUGUAAUAGAAAACCCUGUUGUUAGAAAUGCUGAUAAUGAAGUAGUCGCAGAUAAAGCUGGACAAAUCAAACUCUAUCAUGCUGAUCAAGAAAUACGUCUAGCUCAAGAACCCUUUCCAUUAUACCCAGGUGAAGUCUUAAAACAGCCUGUAACCCCAUUGAAAAUAGUGCCAGCCAAUGCUGCAUUGAGAUUAAGAGCUAUUUUAGAUUUUGAAGAUGAUGCAGGAGAAAAGAGGAUAGCUGGUGAUGAAUGGUUGUUUGAAGGCCCAGGUACAUAUAUUCCACGAAAGGAAGUAGUUGUUGAAGAGACUAUCCGUGCUACUAUUAUUAAACCUAAUCAAGCUAUUAGACUGAGAGCUCGUAAGGAAUGUAUUGAUAGAGAAUUGGGAAAACAACGAGUUACAGGUGAAGAAUGGGUUGUAAAAAAGACCGGGGCAUAUUUACCUGGUGCUUAUGAAGAAGUUGUUGAUGUUGUCAAUGCCUAUGUAUUAACAGAAAAGAAAGCCUUACACAUGAGAGCCAUCAGAACAUAUGUUGAUGAUUUUAAAAUUACCAGAAAGAAUGGAGAAGAAUGGUUGAUUACAAUGAGAGAUACUGAAACACAUAUUCCUAAUGUUUAUGAAGAGGUUGUAGGAGUAGUUAAUAUUACCACAUUAAAUAAUCGCCAAUAUUGUGUUGUGCUUGAUCCUACAGAUGAUGAUGGCAAACCACAACUUGGUAAACGUAAGCUUAUCAAGGUAAAUGCUUAUAUUUAA